AUGAGUGCAUUAGAUCAAUAUGUUGAUCAUAUUCGACGUUUAUCAGGUGACAAAAAAUAUUCGGAAUUAGCACAAUCACUAUUAAUAUCAAAUAUUUUCCAUAAAAAUAUUCAACAUAUUGAAAAUAUAUUAACAACAUUCGCAUUACCCGAACAUACACUAUGUGCUUUGGGUGCAUUACAUACAAUUGCUCGUGGACCAAACAUACCAGAUUUUGAUCGAUACUUAACACAAAUGGAAAUUUUUACACAAACGUGUUCAGCAGAACAGAUUCAAUAUCUUCCACAUUUUAUAUGUGAUAUAUGUCAUGUUAUCACUGAACGUUUACGUCAAAAUAGGACAAGAUCAGGAAUUGCAUUUCUUUUUCGUACAAUUGAGUUGGUUCGUCAUGAACCCGGUCAAUUAUUAUCAAUUCACAGCGAUUUAUAUCAAUUAUGUUUAUUAGCACAAUGGUUUGAACCAGCAUUACAUUAUUUGGAUACCGAUAUAAUUGAAAUAAAUCGUGAGAAUGGUCGAUUUGAUGUUAAAUACCUUUUAUUAUAUUAUUAUUAUGGUGGUAUGAUCUAUACUUGUGUUAAACAAUAUGAUCGUGCAUUAAAUUUUUUUGAAAAUGUACUCACAGUACCAGCGAAUGUCACAAGUUUAAUUAUGAUUGAAGCUUAUAAAAAAUAUACUCUUGUUAAAUUGAUUGUAGCCACAUCUUUGUCAACAACAACUACAAAUACUACGAGUAGUAGUUCGUUAAGUGGUUUACCUUCAUAUAUCAGUCGUUCAUCCGUACAAGCGAUGAAAAGUUUAUGUACAACAUAUACAGAAUUAGCUAAUCUAUUUAGUAAUAAUGAUUUACAACACUAUCAAGAAUUUAUUCAUCGUCAUCAAGAACAGUUUCAAAAAGAUAAAAAUUUGGGUCUAGUUAAACAAACACUCAAUUCAUUUAUAUGUCAUAGUAUUCAACAGUUAACAAAAACAUUUUUAACUGUAUCUCUAAAUGAUUUGGCACAACGUGUCAAAUUAAAAUCAUCACAAGAAGCGGAAAAAUAUCUAUUAGAUAUGAUUGAAAAUGGACAAAUAUUUGCAUCAUUAAAUAAAAAAGAUGGUAUGGUUAUAUUUCAUGGUUGUCCAGAAAAUUUUGAUUCUAAUGCCAUGAUAUUAAAAUUACAAGAAGAAACAGAAAAAUGUAUGAUUGCUGAAAAACAAUUACGUGAAUUAGAAAAAAAUUUAGCAUUAAGUAAAACAUACAUUCAACGUGUAUUAUCAAUGACACAUGAUAGAAGCAAAAUGUUAUUAUGA